AUGACAAAAACCUACAAUGACAUCGAAGCGGUAACACGGCUCUUAGAAGAAAAAGAAAAAGAUUUAGAGCUAACGGCUCGCAUCGGUAAGGAAUUGUUGACUGCUAAUGGUCGUUUGGAAGCACGAGUCACCGCGCUCGAGGGCGAGCUGCGAAGCGCACGGGAUCACAUCACUCAGCUGAGGCACGACCUCAACGCAAAAACAGACUUACUACAGGUUUUGACCAAUGACACAGAGGAGUGCUCAUCUCCCGAGGAGCAGGAGGCUGCUAACGCGGCGCUGCUGCGGAAGCGGACGGGCGCACUCGAGCGGGAGAACCGAGCGCUGCGCGAGGAGGCCGCGCGCCUCGCCGCCGGCGCCGACACCGCAGAGCUGGCUGAACGACAGCUACUUAGGGACAUCGCCAACCAGCUCGCCAGUGCGAAUUCGGAGGCGAGCGUAUUGGGGUCAGAGUUGGUGGAGGAGCGGCAACGUUCGGUGGACCUUCAACAACAACUUGACAAUAUUAAUGCAAGGCUCAUCGUCAGCGAAAGAAAUUAUCAACAGUUAAAUGCCGAGCACGAGCACACGUUACGGAUAUUAGAAAUAACAAAAGAAAAUCAAAAUGCUCUCGCAGCCGAGCUCGCUGACACAAAGGAGCGGUACAUGGAGGUGGCGGCGCACCUGUCGGAGGCGCAGGAGCAGCUGCGCGCGCUGCGGCGGCGCGGCGAGGCGGUGCGCGGCCUCAUGCCCAGCGUCGCCGCCGCCGCCGGCCUCGUGCCGCCCAGUCUGCACCGAGAGAUGCACUCCUCCAUCUACUCCGAGCUCAGCCUUGAUUCUGGCAUCGGCGAUCCUCUCGCACAAUCAAGCAUGCACAAAGUGUUUGAGACCGUGCAGUGUGCAUCGCGAUGGUCGACUCAGUCCGGUCCGUCGCUGCCCGGGUCCGACGUGGCGGACGGUCCGUCGUCCGGCGCGGCCUUCAUGCGGCCGCCUGUCAAACCUUCCAGCGACUCCUUCCUCGAUGACACUUCAGAUACUGACUCGGACGACUUGUAUCCUGGAGGUCCAGGCGUAGGAGUGCCUGGCGCCCCGGGGGCCGCGGAGUUGGCCGCAGCACUGCGCCGCCUCACGCCGCAGGAGAUCAACUCGCGCCGCGCCUCGCUCACUGCUAGCCAUGUCCUAAGGCAGCGUCGGUAUACCGAGCGUGACUCGAGUGAAGAGAGUGCUGUAUGGGGUGCCGGUGCGGGUGGCAUGGCGCGGUUUCGUCCGCCACACAAGCUGCAGAUUGUCAAACCAAUGGAGGGCUCUCUCACCUUACACACUUGGGCUCAACUAGCCAAGCCUUCUAUGUCAGGUUUGUUAGAUGAACAAGAGGGCGUAGGUGUCCGCGGCUCUAGAUCGUCAGGGCUCGGUACACGGCUCUACAGACUGUCAGAUGUCGAGGAAGAUGACGACAUGCCACGCCUACCACAUUCUAGUCACAUUUAUACUUUCGUCAACAGCACGGUGAUGCACCCCAACGACGGCAGUAUGAUGGGCAGCAGCGCCAGCAGCGUGUGCAGCUCCGGCAUGAGCAGCCUCGCCAGCAGCGUGCUGGGCAGCGCCUGGAGCUCGCGCCGCACGUCGCGCCGCUCGUCGGCCGGCGGCUCGCCCGUCCACUCGCGCCGCGACUCCGUGUGUCUGCCGCCCUCGCGCGCGCACUUCACGCCCACGGCCACGCCCGCCAACAGCCCGCUGCUGGGCUCGCCCGACUCCACGCCGCCCGCCUCGCCGCGCCCCGGCGACGCGCCGCCUUCCCUGCACGCUCUCAUCGCCUCGGGCACGUCCAUCCUGCGACGUCGGCAUCUGGCGUCGCCCGGUGGUGACGGCUCGCCCGCACCUAUUGCUCUGCAGACGCCCGGCUCUCUCUACACUGGGCUCAUGCAUAGGAGCCCCAUGGAACAGCUCACGUGCCUCAAACGUACCUUACGCUCGCCGGCUGCGCCGGUAUCCGAAAGACGUCUCGGAGAGCCCGUGGAGCCACCGUUGGGAGUUCCGGCCCACCCUGGGUCUGGCGCCCUGGACACAGCGAGUACAACAGGCGCGCCGGGUUGCUUGCGACGAGCGCCCCGGGCGCGCGCGCCGCGGCCCCGCUCGGACCUGGGCACGGUGGGGUCGAGUGUGCCGGCGCCAACGCCGACGGCGCCGGCACACUCAUCCCAGUCGUCGGCGUUGGGCACGUUGAGCCUACUGUUUGGUCGGAAAGGAGGUCUUCUCUAG